UUGCGUUCUUCUUCAGUCCCUUUUAAUUUAUGCCUUUUUCCUUCUUUCUCUUUACCCAAGUGGGUACUCGAAAUUAAGGCCUUAUUUUCACUCUUAUUGCUCUGUAAAUUUCUCACUAGUUGUCGCCUUCUUCUUAUCGAAAAUCUUGGCCAUAGAUUCCUGAUCCCUUAUCUGACUACACGAUUAGGAGAAAAGGGUUUUUCAUCUUUCUUAGGGUUUUGAUUUCUUCUAUAUAUAUCGUCUAUCUCAUCUUGGUUUCACUCUUUUUUUGCUCUUCCAGACUGCAAAAAUCUCUCUAAAAGGGGUUUACAGCGAGAGAGAAGAACUGGUUCUAGAGCGAGAGUGUGAGAGGGAGAGAGAGAAAGGAGAAGAAGAGCUGGGUUUUAUGUCGGCAGGUUCAUUGAAUCUGAUUGGGGCUCCAUUGAAGCUCUGUAUUUCUUUUGCGUUGUUCAUCUGUUCUUAUCUCUGCUGUUUCACCCAGCAGAGUCUUCUUCUCUGUGUUCCGACUGUUUCGAUGCGUUUGAGGCCAAAAAGGACUUGUUCUGGAGUCGAGUGUUUCGGUGGUUUUCACAUAAAUAGGUUGUUUGAUCUUUUCUUGUUCUUGAGAGGGCCUUUGACAUAAACCCUAAAUCAAUUUUGGUUUAUUUUCCGGCUUUUAUUUUUGUUUUGAAAGUUUUGUUUAGUUUUGGGUAUGUUUUGAGGCUGCAAAAGCCGCCGGAGUUUUGAAAACGAUAACACAACCGCCGAUGAAUCAAGAGAAGAAGUCGAGAAACAGAGCGAAGAUAAUGGAACCAAACAAACUCAUGCGGAAGAUCCGGGUUAUCUGUUACGACCCGGAUUUGACCGAUUCAUCAGAUGACGAUGAGCCCAACAAAAAACCCUUUGGGUCAAAGCGGAUUGUCCGAGAAAUAAAGAUUCCGGUCGGCGACGGUGGCUUUUCCGGUGGCUGUACGACGGUGAUGACAGCGACUAAAGAACAGGAGACUGAAAGUUCAUGUCAAGAUAGCAACAACGGUGAGAAAAGUUGUGGGAAGAGAAAAAGAGUUUCGACCAAAACCCCCGGUCAACCCCGGCCGCCGUCCGCCUCCAAAUACAGAGGCGUCCGGCAGCGGAAAUGGGGUAAAUGGGCGGCGGAAAUUCGUGACCCGUUUAAGCAACGCCGGGUAUGGCUUGGAACUUAUGAUACUGCUGAAGAAGCGUCCAGAGCUUAUGAAGUCAAAAAACUCGAGUUUGAAGCCAUGGCUGAAGCUUCAAAGGGUGGUUCCAACAUCGUCAAAAGCACCACCACCACCACCACCACCAAAGCUCCGUCGUCAGCUGUUUCUCAGCUUCCAAAACCAGCCAUCUCCGAGGAAUCAGUUGGUGUAAUUUCUCACAUUUCACCAUCUUCACCGACUGAAUCAUCCUCCAUUUCUAGAAAGAUAAUCUCUUCCGCCGGAGCUUCUGAAACCUGCAACGCGGAAAGCAAACUCGCAAACAAACCCGAGCCACCUCCGGCCGCCGUCGGAUCUCCGGCGAUGGAAGAAACCUUAACUCUAGCCCAAAUCGGUGAAGGGUUAGACAUGAAAUUGGAGCUGGAUUCCAUUUUCUUUGACAGUUUCGCUUCACCACUCGACGGAUUUGGCGAUCUUGAUGAUUUCCAGCUUUGUGGAUUUGAAGAUAACGAAUCUUGUGAAUUACCAGAUUGGGAUUUUGAUGAACUGAAUCCUGAAGAACUUGCUUGGAUGAACACAUUGAGGGUGGAUGAGCCAUUGAUGAACGAACAGCCGCUUAAUAUCGCAUGCCUAUAAAUUUUGCAGCAAUUAGAAGAGAGUUUUUCAAGGGUUUUAGAGUAUAAUCCUCUUGAAAAACAAUGGUUUUGUUUAAUUUACAUGUCUUUUUUUUUUUUUUAAAUAUUUUUUUAUUAUGUUUUUGUUGAAGAGUCCUUUGGGUUUUCUUGUGCUAUUAGAGCCGUCCGAAGGGGUGUUUCUGAGUUGCUGCUACUGCAAGUGUUAAAAGACAAGUCUUUUAUUAUUUAAUUUUGAUCUGUUUUUAUGGUAAUUAAUGGAGCUUUUAUGUUA